AUGGACACCAAUCAGGCUCACCCCGCUCGACCACGGACUAUGUGGCUUGGUCCAAAGCGAAAGCGCGAUUUGGAUCUCGAAAUCGAACAGGCCUCUCGUUCACGGCCAUGCCCAUCCGACUCCCAGCCCGAAACAUUCACCGCAGGAUCCCCCUUGGCUCGUCCCGCUCCCAUUCAGCGAAAGAAUCCAAACGUAGUACCAAAGAUCCGACAAGUCGACGAAGAUCCAUGGCUGACCUACGAGUCGACCGUUCGAAUUUUCGGGCGGCCAAUCUUCCUCGCCCGUCUCCGAAGCAACAAGGCCGAGUUGGUCAACAUCCAACGCCUUGAAAAGGAGCCCUCUUCCGCCGAGUCGUUAGUGGAGACGAUGCACCAGGUUGCCCAUCGAAGCUUCCCCAACCUACUCGAGCAUUAUCGUCAUGGAGGUCAGGAUUUCCUGGUGUGGGAAGCGGUUGAGUUAUCCGUAGGCCAGGUACUGGGGUCGCGAUGCUCCAUCGACGAAGGAGCCCUCGCCGCGAUUGUUUGGCCGGUCCUGAAAGGAAUAAAGCAUCUCCGUGGGCAGGGCAGAGUACUGGCUACCAUGAGUGCCGACACGAUCUUUCUCACGGAGUCCGGUAUCGUCAAAAUUGCGGGGGCGGAGCACAGUUGCCAAAUCGACGCGACCGAGAUGGACGCCGCAACUCUGAAGCUGAUGGCCCUGGCCGACGUGGUCCAAAGCUUGAUGACAAGAAGCUCUCCGGGAACAAAAUGGAGCCCCGAGGCCCAGAGUCUCCCCGAGGAUCUGAACCGACUGUCGGUUGAUGAGCUGCUGCGAGUGUGA